GAUAGCAACCAUGUCUGAUUCAGCCCCGACCCUCAUAGUGGCUAAGAAAAAAGCAACUGAGAUUGCAGAAGAAGCAAAGCAAAUAUUAGAGAAUAUGCAUACUCUAGUGUCUCUUUUCCCUGAUAUGGCAAGUGCUUACUCAGAAGCAAGUUUUAUAUACCCACUUAGCCAGGGAACCACUUGAUCCUUUAGCGAUCUUGAAAACGAAGUUGAUAAGAUAUUAUCACAGGUACAGGAAAGCACAGAUGAGGUCCUCAUCAGAUCCGACCUCAGCAAUCUUAGAGAGAUCUAUGACCUCAUUGAAGAAAGCGAGAUUGUGAGCAAAGCAGGUGACGAAUAUCUCAGCAAAUUUGAUUUAUACCAAAUGGGAGAGAAAGAUCCAGUUCUUCUUGACCAAGAAAUCACCCGCAUCGAGGAAGAAAAGAACCAAGCUGCUAGUGAGAUUGUAACAUUAAAGCAAGAUAUCCAGGAACUAACUCAAAAAUAACGAGCAAAUUGAGAAAGAGAUUAAAGCUCUUACUGAUGAAGCCUCUGAAGGACUCGAUAGCACCCUUGUUGAUCAGAAGAAAAAGAUGGAAGAACUUCAGCAACAAAUUCAAAUUUCUGAGAGUGAAAUCAAUGACAAAGAACUUGAGCUGGAAGCCCUUAGUCGAGAAUUAGAAAUAAAAAGACAAGAAAUAGUCUCAAAAAAAUAG